CCGGGUCCUACGGCCGCCCGUAGGCCGCGCGGAGGGAUCCCGGCGGAGGCAGCAUGCGCCGUACCCCCGCGCCGGCCGCGCCCCUGGCGAGCCCCGACUACUACGAGAGGCUGGGCCGCCUCCAGCACGGGCUGCGGGACAGUGAAAAGAAGAGAUUGGACUUGGAAAGGAAACUUUAUGAAUACAGUCAGUCUGAUACAUGCAGAGUUAAGCUGAAGUAUGUAAAAUUAAAGAAAUACCUCAAAGAAAUAGGCGAAUCAGAAAAGAAGGCUCAUACUCGAAACCAGAAAUAUUUGAAGUGGUGUGAAGGUGUACAAGCUCAUAUUGGACAUUUUACCACAAAUACAGAGAAGCUUCAGGAACUGAAGGUGGAAUACGAGAUUCAAAUUAAGAAGAUGCAGCUACUUUCAAAAGAUAGCCUGGGAAUAAAGGGCAAACUGAAAGAUGAAGACAGGGAGAAGGUUGCAGUUCAGGCAGGAGUUAACUCGGGGAUAGCCGUGUCGAGAGGAAUGUAUCAACCAGCAACAAUCUUUAUGGGCCGCCAAAUGUCAGCCAUCUCAAGCAUUGGAGAUUUCAGUACAGAGCAGAAAUCUCCCCAAGCCACAAAGAACUUUUCAAUUCCUAACCCACAUUCAUGCCAGCAGACAGCCCAGAGCGGUAAUGUGACAGACAGCUGUGUAGUACAAACUACACAGUGCCUAAAGAAGCCUGACAAAAUAGGUGGAGAGACAUCUCUUCAGAUUGGUGAGGAAACGCCAGUCACAGCCAAUGUAUUGUCUGAGGGGGAAAAAACUCAUUGCUUGGAGAUAGGAAGCAACACACGCCAUGGCAAUUUAUCUGAAAGCAAAAAGUCUGCUGAACUUCAUUCCCCGUCACAGGAAAGAUUAAGUCCAGAGAACAGAACCACUGAUUUAAAGUGUGACAGUUCCAGCAGAUCAGAGGGAUCAGAGGAAGAAAUGCUGACACGGGAACACAUUGAAGUCAAGGAAGAAAGAGCCGGACUGCCAGUCUCUCCGAUAUCGGUUUCAGAAUACUGUGCAUUUGAAAAUAAGUGUUCUCAAGAGAACCAUUCUGCUUGGGAAGGUUUCUUAGAUUGUCUUCCUCACGGGAUCCCAGAGUCACGGAGGACCUUCAGAAAAACGCAGGAAGAGCCAGAAGAGGAAAGUUGGAGCAGCAGCAGUGACCUCACAGUUUCUGUGAGUGAAGAUGAUCUGAUUUUAAAGAGUCCAGAACUGCAGCCAAGUCCAUAUGACAAGAUGGAGGGAGAAGAUGGAAUAAAAGCCUUAAGAUUAAUCCACUCUGAGCAAGAAAGAGAUGCCCUGCUCACCCCCCCAAAAAAUUGUAUUUUGCAAAGCCUGAGCUCUCCUGAUUCAAAAGAGGAACCCUCCACUAACUCACCAUCGAGAGAAUCCGAAUCACCACCACACUCAGACUUACCGAGGGCACAGUUGGGUCAGCGUGUCACUACCUUGGAUGAACAAGAUAGUUCUCUCAAAGAAGAGGUAGCUAAGCCCACUGACGUUUUCACGGUCAAAAAUGAGCACCAGAGGAUGAAGGCAACAGCAUUAUUGAAAAAAGCCCGUACAGAAGAGUGUGAGGAUAGGUCAUCUAUUCACAGCAGUGAAUCCUCUUGUAGCUUGCCGUCUGUUCUGAGUGACAAUGGCGGAGUGAAGGAAGCAAACCUCAGUCUGUGGCUCAGCAGUGUUCAUACGAGGAAACAAGAAGUUUCAAGCAGAUGCAGAGACGAGAGCAAGGAAGAAAGUGUGGGAACAAAGAUUCCAAUCACAGCCGUUUCAGAAAGGAUGUGGUAGAGAAAGAGGUCAAGAACCAAUCCAGGAGCCGACACAGGAGGCUGGGCAGAAUGGGUGAGAAAAUCUGAAGUCGUCCUAUUUUCAGAAUGCUGAAGAGCCUGGGAAUGCUUCACUUGAGAAGGGCACAGAAUAUACCUUUAAAUAUUUGAGGGGCUGCUGUGUACAGGAAGAGCCUUCAUCAAGCAUAGCUAUAGAAUGCAGCCCAAGAAGCCCUUUUUAUGAGUGCUGCAGGGAAGGAACUCACAGCUCAGUGGUGGAAGCAUUUUUUAACUAUUCAUUUUAGCAGAAUCAAGCUGAGUGCCUUCCAGGUGUGAGAUUCUGUGCUGGAAGGUUGAACCAUGGAGGGAUCCCACUCUCUAGAGGGACAGUGGAGAAGAGAUUCUUGUUUCUGAGAACUCUGACAUUCCUUCUACUGCUGAGAGACUCUGAUUCUCUGUGUAUACCAGUGGAGUCAAAUGUAUCGACAUUCUCAUAUCUUUAUCUUCCUUUCUUAUUUGG